ACCACCAUUCCUGUGCCGAGCUGUUACAUCUCCUCAGAGCUAACAGGGAGCUAGCAGCUCAGAGGGAGGAGGCACGGUCAAACCCAGCCUGCGUGUGUGUUUGUGUGUGUAUGUGUGUGUGCCUGUCGCAGACUAGCAGGCAGGGCCGCUGCUGCACGUUUGUUUCACCAGACUUUUUCCUUUUAACCUUGCCUUGACACAGUGCUCAGUAAGUGACAGCUCCCGAAGGACACGCAGACAGGAUGAUAGCGGCUCAGCUUCUGGCCUACUACUUCACCGAGUUGAAGGAUGAUCAACUCAAAAAGAUCGAUAAGUACCUGUACUCCAUGCGGUUCUCCGAUGAGACGCUUAAGGACAUCAUGAACAGGUUCCGCAGGGAAAUGGAGAAUGGGCUCGAACGUGACACCAACCCCACCGCCACCGUGAAGAUGCUGCCCACGUUCGUCAGGUCCAUUCCUGAUGGAUCAGAAAAGGGGGACUUCAUAGCUCUGGACCUUGGAGGGUCGAACUUUCGGAUCCUGCGUGUCAAAGUGACACAAGACAAGAAGCAACCAGUUCAGAUGGAGAGCCAGAUCUACGAGACCCCUGAUGACAUUACCCAUGGGAGUGGGACACAGCUCUUUGACCAUGUUGCAGAUUGCCUCGGUGACUUCAUGGAGAAACAAAAAAUCAAGGAUAAAAAACUUCCCGUGGGAUUCACGUUCUCUUUCCCGUGUGCCCAAACCAAACUAGAUGAGGCUGUCUUAUUAACAUGGACAAAGAAGUUUAAAGCCAGUGGUGUGGAAGGCAUGGACGUUGUGAAGCUUCUAAACAAAGCUAUCAAGAAACGAGGGGACUAUCAAGCAGACAUCAUGGCAGUGGUGAAUGACACCACUGGCACUAUGAUGACUUGUGGAUUUGACGAUCAGCGCUGUGAAGUGGGAAUCAUUAUAGGAACGGGAACAAAUGCCUGCUACAUGGAGGAACUGCGUCACAUUGACCUGGUGGAAGGAGAUGAAGGCCGGAUGUGCAUCAACACUGAAUGGGGUGCUUUCGGGGAUAAUGGGUCCCUAGAGGACAUCCGCACAGAGUUUGACCGUGAGAUUGACAGAGGAUCGAUCAACCCAGGAAAACAAUUUUUACUUACUGUAGACUACGAUAAGUACAAUGGCAUCCUUGUAGAGACAAAACAUGUAUCUGCAAUUGAAAAGACUAAGGAAGGACUGAAGAAAUGCAUGGAAAUCCUGACAAGGCUCGGAGUGGAGCCCUCAGAAGAAGACUGUCUGGCUGUGCAGCACGUGUGCACCAUCGUAUCCUUCCGCUCAGCUAAUCUAAUAUCUGCAAGUCUGGGAGCCAUUCUUUGUCGCCUAAAAGAGAAUAAAGGAGUUGUGCGGCUUCGUACCACCGUCGGCAUUGAUGGCUCUCUGUACAAGAUGCACCCUCAAUAUGCCCGUCGUCUGCACAAAACCGUGCGUCGCUUAGUCCCAGACUCGGAUGUCCGUUUCCUGCUGUCCGAAAGCGGGAGUGGGAAAGGAGCAGCCAUGGUGACAGCAGUGGCAUACCGUUUAACCGAGCAGGCGCGCCACAUUCAGCAGACUUUGGCAGAAUUCCGGUUGAGCAAAAAUCAGCUGUUAGAGGUCAAGAAAAGGAUGAAGGUGGAGAUCGAAAGAGGCCUGAAGAAGGACAGCCACAAGGACGCUACGGUCAAAAUGUUGCCCACCUUUGUUCGAAGCACACCGGACGGAACAGAAAAUGGUGAUUUCCUUGCUCUGGACCUUGGAGGAACAAACUUCCGCGUGCUUCUGGUCAAGAUUCGCAGUGGGAAAAGACGAUCAGUGGAGAUGCAUAACAAAAUCUAUGCCAUUCCUAUAGAAGUCAUGCAGGGCACAGGGGAAGAGCUUUUUGAUCACAUUGUGCACUGCAUCUCUGAUUUCCUGGACUACAUGGGAAUGAAAAGCGCUCGACUCCCACUGGGUUUCACUUUUUCGUUCCCCUGCCAUCAGACCAGCCUGGAUGCAGGCAUCCUUGUAACAUGGACCAAAGGCUUCAAGGCCACAGACUGUGAGGGUGAAGAUGUAGUGGAGCUUCUUCGGGAAGCAAUCAAAAGGAAAGAGGAGUUUGAGCUGGAUGUGGUUGCCAUAGUGAAUGACACAGUGGGGACGAUGAUGACCUGUGCAUAUGAGGAGCCCACAUGUGAGGUGGGACUGAUCGCAGGAACGGGCAGCAAUGCUUGUUAUAUGGAAGAAAUGAAGAACAUUGAGAUAGUGCCGGGUACCGAGGGUCGGAUGUGUGUCAAUAUGGAGUGGGGGGCAUUUGGAGACAAUGGCUGUCUGGAUGACAUCAGGACAACAUACGACCAGGCAGUGGAUGAGAACUCACUCAACGAAGGCAAACAAAGAUAUGAGAAGAUGUGCAGUGGAAUGUAUCUUGGUGAGAUUGUACGGCAGAUUUUGAUUGAUCUGACCAAACGUGGCUUCCUGUUCCGGGGACAAAUCUCAGAGACACUUAAGACCAGGGGCAUCUUUGAGACAAAGUUUCUGUCACAGAUAGAAAGCGAUCGUCUGGCCUUGCUGCAGGUCAGAGCGAUCCUGCAGCAGCUGGGGCUCGACAGCACCUGUGAUGACAGUAUUAUCGUCAAGGAGGUGUGCGGCACAGUGUCCCGCCGAGCAGCUCAACUGUGCGGAGCUGGAAUGGCUGCAGUGGUGGACAAGAUCCGUGAGAACAGAGGACUGGACCACCUGGAUGUUACAGUGGGCGUGGAUGGCACACUCUACAAGCUGCACCCACAUUUUUCUCGGAUCUUCCAACAAACUGUGAAGGAACUCGCCCCCAAAUGUGAUGUCAACUUCCUGCUGUCUGAGGACGGCAGCGGUAAGGGAGCUGCCCUCAUCACUGCUGUGGGCUGCCGCCAGAGGGAGCUGGAUGCCCAGCAACACUGAGCAGCUCUGUCCCAAUUGUCCACAAGAACUACCUGCUGCUCCACCAUGACCUUCACGCACCGCACAGCCUACAUCCAUUUCCCCUUGGCAGCCGUGACUCCACCUGUGCCCGACUUGGUCCACCUACAGCCAGAGAGAUAUAUACUGCAUGCAGAGAGUUAAAACUCAGUAUCUAAAUAUUUAUUUAUACUGCACCAGAUGGUUUAUUAUUUCCGUGUUUGUACAUUUUCCUCAAUAGCUUGUCAAGAACCUGACAAAUCUAAACUCCUUAGGUGUGCAAUAUUUCUGUACUACUAGUUUUAUUUUUAUAUGAAGCCAGAUAUAUAAUUGUAUUUAUAUAGCUCGGGCCAAUUUGAAUCCCAGAGGUCAUCAAGAUUUUUGCACCAUAGACACAAGUAAAUGUUUUUAUAUGAAAGUUACAGCAGCAACACGUCAAUGUAACUUCCCAUAUGAAGGACCUUCUUGAAGCUGAAUGAAGCCGAUUGUUUUUACAGGCUCCUUUGGUUGAGAAAAACCAGUUCCAAAAGGGCUCGUCGCAAAGGUUUGAAUGCAAGAGUCACGGCUGUUAAAAUCUCCCUCAUUUUGUGUGCUACACGCUCACACAACGUGUUUGACUACUAACCCCUUUCUGUGUAACUGUCAGUGUGGUUCACAUAUUCAAAUAUUCCUGCAUCACCAUACCAUUUAUUCCUCAAGAGCGGACAUGGUAGAAAAAGCCCCAGAGAUGUGUUAGCCCAUCCUAUUGCUAUUCGUAAACUAUUAAACUUUUGGUGUUGUGAUUUAUACCACUUCUACUCAUUAUAUGUGCAAACAAUAAAUGUUUAUUGGGCCCCAAGAAGAGUGGACAUAAUGAGCGCUUUUGUGUGUAUUUGUAGCUGAGUGUCAGUGUGUCUUACUGUAUGACCUGUAGCUUCAAUGUCCAAAGCUCUAUGGAGACUGCAUGCCUUACAUCAACACAAAGGAGGUUACCGGAUCAUUUUCUUUCUUUUGCUCUAUUUUUUUUUAAUCAUCAUUAUAAAUUUGUGAUCGACGCAGUAAAAAGCAAAUUCAUUAAAUUAUAUUUUGUUGUGGAGUAAAA